GAUAGGGGACUCUGGGUCUGGGGGAGGAUAAAAGACCUCGGAGUUCCGCGAUAUCCUCGCCCCGAUGAGAGCCGAAUCAACCUCCCGCUGAAGAUCAAGCAUCAUUGCCUACUGCCAGCCGUCUUUGACUCUGUGCCUAUUACCCGCCACCGUCAGAAACACAAUCCGAACUCUUCAAGAUGCUGUCGCAAGUUGUCAUCGCCCUCACCCUGGCCAGCUCCGUGCUUGGCCAAGUCACUCUCCAGCCGUCCACCAUCCGGACGGGCCGGCCGGGACUCCCCACCAUCACGGUGACGGCCACGGAAACGGAAACAGAGACGGAGACGGAGACCCUGACCAAGACGGAGAGCUACAUCAGCGAGACGACCAUCACGUCAACGGUCGUGAGCACCAGCGUCAAGACCACGACCGACACGGUCAGCGUGACGAGCACCGUCACCAAGCCGUGCGUGACCUGCCCGACCUUGACCCGUACCGCGACCGCCUGCCGAUCCUGCUUCGUGCCGCAGUGCACCACCACUGAGGUGGUGACACGGCCGUGCGGAUGCGACGGGGCGCUGCCCACCGCCACGGUAUCCUUCCCGUGCAGCGACCCCGACUCGUGCAACAAGAUUGGCUGCACAACGGUGUACGAUGUUAAGACGGCCGGUUGCUAAAGGAGGGGGAGCUGUCAGCAGAGAUGGGACCAGAUGGUGGAGCCUAAAAGCAUGGCACGAGUGCAGCGAUUGGGAAAGGACCGCUUGGAUGGGUGGGGG